AUGAAAGGUGAGCUCCUCGUUGGAAUCUUCGGCAGCCUUGACUCCGGGAACAAGCUCUACUCGAGGGUGGUGAGCGCCGGAGAGACGUUCCUCAUCCCGCGGGGCCUCAUGCACUUCCAGUUCAACGUCGGUAAGACCGAGGCCUCCAUGGUCGUCUCCUUCAACAGCCAGAACCCCGGCAUCGUCUUCGUGCCACUCACGCUCUUCGGCUCCAACCCGCCCAUCCCGACGCCGGUGCUCACCAAGGCGCUCCGGGUAGAGGCCGGGGUCGUGGAACUUCUCAAGUCCAAGUUUGCCGCUGGGUUUUAA